AUGCCUCUAUGGAGAGGCGAGAACGAUCAGCUGAACUCCGAGACCGCUCCAUCGCCGAACAGCUGGGACAUGUGUCGCCCCCUCGUCGUCCUCCUCAAGCAGUGGCUCAAGAAGCUCUCAAUACCGAAAAUCAAAACCCACCUUUUGAGCCACAUCUUGGCGGCAAUGAUGAUCGACUUGCUACACCUGAAGAAGACCUCCCAAGUACUGCGCAUGCUGCAUACCAUCGGGCCCGCCGUUAUGCAGAGACACGGGAGAGGACCAGUCAACUCUGGAGUCAACUCAAGUCAAGUGUCACAGCUACAUUCACUCUUUGUCAGAGAAUCACCACCAACUUCACCACGCAACCAAGUGGGUACGAAUUACCCCCAGAUACCUGCACCUGCAGCCCAUCAGAAAUACACACGAGAAAGGUUGACCUAUUUGACAUGCUCUUUCAACUUACUAGCGAGCCCUGCCCCCGCUGCUUUGGACCUCAAGAAAACGAAAUUAAAGCUCACCAAGACGAACCCGACAUAA